AUGAUAACAACAACAUCUAUAUCAUCAGUUAUAUUAACAAUACUUAAACCAUUUAUAUUUAUAUAUCAAUUUAUUUAUCGAAUUUAUUGGUCAGGAUUAAAUCAACGUAAUAUAUUUCAAUUAAUUUUCAAUUUUUUAAUUAAUUUUAGUCCAAUUUUCAUUUGGUUAUUAAUAUUUAAAAAUGCUGGAUUAAUUCCUCAUAAAUUACGUCCUAAAAUUCAUGUUAAAUUAGCUUAUCAUUUAGAUCAUUAUAUUUUUGAAACUUUAAUUGGAGGAAUUAUUAAUAUUUUUGGAUUAGCAAGUCUGAGUUGGUUAUUAUAUCGAUUUAUUUAUAAACUGAAACCACACAACAAUAACAGUAACAGAAACCAUUACCAAAAUGAAAUAAAUUUAGAAAAUUAUCCUCCUAAUAAUGCUAAUGAUAUUUAUUCAUUAUAUAAAAUACCACAAAAUUAUGAAAUGAAUAUUGCUAUUGAUAAUGAUAAUAAUAUCAGUAGUAAUAGUAGCAAUAAUAGUAGUGAUAUUGAAUUAGAAUCAUUUCCUAAAGAAUUAUUAAAACCUAAUUAUAAUCAAUUACCACCAAUAAAUUUCCAAGAUCAAGACUUAGACCCAAACUCAAACUCAAACUCAAACCUUCAACUAGAUACUAAUAAUAAUAAUAAUACUAUUAAUGAAGUUAAUCCAAUGAAUAAUAGAUUUGCUCCUAUGGUAUUUAUCCCACAAUUAACUCUGAUUGAAAUUGAUCAAAUGACUCAAUCAAUUAAUAAUAAAAUUCUUAAUCAUAUUCAUCAAUCAAAAAAUAUUAAUAUUAAUAAUAAUAAUAAUAAUAAUAAUAAUAAUAAAUUAAAUUUGAAUUAUUCACCUAUUAAUUCAUGGGAUUUUUGUCCAUCAUUAUUAUUAUCUAUUAGUUGGUUUUUAUUAAAUUUUGUUUAUUAUUUACAUGAACCAAUAAAAUUAUGGAAAGAUUAUUUAGCAUGGACAAGUUAUGUAUUAUGUCAUAUUACUAUACCUAUAAUUACUAGUAUUUGGUUAUAUAUUUUCCAUGCCCCAGGUUCAAUUAAAUCUUAUAGUUUUGCUCUUGGAUUUCAAAAUAUUUGUGGAGUUUUAACUCAUUUAAUUUUUCCAAAUGCUCCUCCUUGGUUUAUUCAUAUGAAUGGUGAAAAUGCCAUGGCAAAUUAUGAUAUACCUGGUUAUGCAGCAGGAUUAAUUCGAGUUGAUAUAGCUUUAGGUACUCAUUUAACUUCAAAUGGGUUUCAUGCUUCUCCAAUUGUAUUUGGUGCUUUACCUUCAUUACAUUCAGCAAUGGCAGUAAUGACAUUUUUUUUCAUUGGAUAUUAUAGUCGUUGGGUUAUAAUUAAAUUUUUGGCAUUUAUAUAUGUUAUAAUUCAAUGGUGGGCCACUAUUUAUUUAGAUCAUCAUUGGAGAUUAGAUUUAUUAAUUGGAUUAAUUUAUUCUAUUAUUUGGUUUACAUUAAUUUAUAAAUUUUUUAUUAAAUAUCAACAAAAAAAAUUUAUAAUGGCUAGAUUAAAUUAUCAAUUUAAUAAUGAUGGUAGUACAAUGGGAAUGAGAGUUUUCAAAAAUACUAAAAUUCAAUGGUUUUUCGAUCCUUUUAGUUAA